AUGGCGGUCUGUUUUGUUGUCUUCAGCGUCCAAACUGGAUUUUCGGUCCAAAUCAACUUCCACAAGUUUGAAAGCGAAGAAAACAUUGCCUUUCUGAGAUUGUAUGAAGGAGUUGGUGCUGAAAAGCAGAUUGAAGUUGAGCUGUCGGGCUCCGCUCCUCCCGGGAAGGUGUGGCUCCUGACCGACCGAUCCACCAUAGAGUUUUCCUGGGACGACGUUACCGGCACGAAUGGAUUCAACGCCACUUUCAGUGCCACCAAUCUGUCGCGGCUCACCGACGAGGAGAAGCUGACAUGCACGUUUGAGCAAGGCACGUGCCUUUGGAGGCAGCGGCAUGAUGACGAUGGCAACUGGUUCCGAACCAGCGGCUCCACCUUCCCUCCACUCAGUGGCCCAAGUGUUGACCACACACUAGGAAACCUGUCAGGUUUCUACUUUGUCACGCCUUUGAGUCCUGGCCAAUGGCCGAAGAGCUUCAGGAUCCACAGCCUGCCUUUGGCCCCUCGACCACAGCACAUGUGCCUGCGCUUCUGGUAUCACAUGUUUGGAGAGGAUGUGCAUCGUCUUCAAGUCCUGCUGCUCCAAACUUCUCCUUUGCAUCCUCACACCGAAUUCACCCUAGUCUUCCACAGAGACGGUAACUAUGGCGACAACUGGAAUUACGGCCAAGUGCUCCUCAACCUGACAAAAGACACUCAGGUUGUGUUUGAAGCAUUGAAGAAAGGAGGCAUAAGGAAUGACAUCGCUUUGGAUGACAUUACACUGACGUCCGAGCCGUGUGGCCCCGCCCCUCCUGAACCUACCCUUGUGCCAACGCCGACUGCCAUGCCCACUAUACCAGCUGACUGUGGGGGCCCUUUUGAACUGUGGGAGCCAGACUCCAUCUUCAGCUCUCCAAAUUACCCACAAAACUACGGAAACAAAGCUCACUGUGCGUGGACGCUGCACACCUCCCAUGGUCGAAACAUCCAGCUUCACUUUUUGGACUUUGACGUGGAAGCUAACUUUGACAUGGUGGAGGUGAGGGACGGGGCGGGGCCAAACUCUACCUCACUGGCUGUUCUUACUGGCAGCAAAGUCCCAACCCGGGACAUCUUCUCCACGACCAAUCAUGUGACAGUUUGGUUUUUCACGGACAGCUCGGUUAACGGUCGAGGGUUUAAAGCCAACUUCACCUCAGGACUCAACUUAGGUUCACCAGAUCCGUGCCCUGUAGACCAGUUCCAGUGUGAGACAGGCGGCUGUAUCCCGGUUAACCGUCAGUGUGAUGGAGUGCUCGACUGUCAGGAUGCUUCAGAUGAAGCUAAGUGUGUUAUGUUACAGAGGAACACUUCAAGUCGUCUCCAGUUUCAGAUCGGCUCUUCUCUGUUCACUGUCUGUGCGGACACCUGGAGCCCUUACCUGUCUGACUUCACCUGUCAGUACCUGGGACACAGGUCGGGAUGGAGCUCUCCGCUGCUUGCCAUGCCAGAAGAUUCACCUUUCACGAGUGUCAAAGUCACCAGUGACGGAGGUCUGGAAUCUAACGUGAGCAAAAAUUGUGUUGGUGACCACGUGAUUUCUCUCCACUGUAACAACCAGCCAUGUGGCACUCGUUUUGUCAGCAAUGACAGCGUGGACCAAUCAGCAACUAGGGAAAUUGAGGACAGAGUGGUUGGCGGGACUGACGCAGUGAAAGGGGCAUGGCCGUGGAUGGUAUCACUGUAUUGGAAGGGUCGACAUGUGUGCGGUGCCACAUUGCUUGGUCAUAAUUGGCUGCUGACUGCCGCCCACUGUGUGUACGGGAAAGAACGACCCCUCCACUUUUGGUCGGCAAAGUUUGGACUUUAUGCUCAGAGUGACGCAAGAGGUGUUGCCAUGCGCGAACUCGAUCGCAUCGUCGCCAACCGACAAUACAACCGACUGACCAAAGAUGGCGACAUUGCCAUGAUGCGCCUGAAGAUGCCUGUCAACAUGACUGAGUUGAUACAACCAGUGUGUUUACCUGAAAAAGGUCAAGAGUUCACAGCGGGAAGGAAAUGUUACAUUGCUGGAUGGGGACGAGAUGCUGAUGGUUCUCUUCCUAAUAUUCUCCAAGAGGCUUCUGUACCACUGGUGGAACAGGAUCAGUGUCAGCAGCACUUGCCUGAGUACACCAUCACCUCCAACAUGCUGUGUGCAGGAUAUCAAGAGGGCGGAGUCGACUCUUGUCAGCAGUCACAGGACCAUUGCUAAAGUUUCAAUGUGUUGGACCAGGGUGACUCUGGUGGUCCACUCGUGUGUCUGGAGGACGGAUACUGGACUCUCAUUG